AUGAACCAACAUGAGCCCCUCCAGGGCGGUUGGUGGCUGAGCCACCUCGUAGACAGCUUCGAGAUACAGUUCUAUCGACCUUUCUUCACGCUCGUUCUAGCCCUUCUUAUUCCUGCUGCUGCAGUGAGCCUUUAUUUCAAAGAAGGGCAAGCCGUGUCUCCUAUGUGGCCCCAACUUGAGGCUCAAAAGCAGAAAGGCUUUUUGACAAAGGGGAGUAAGUAUCUAGAAGAUAGUAAAGAGUUGCAUAGCGACGACCCUUUCACCAUACUUACCGAUCGUGGCAUGAGAACCGUUUUCCCCGCUGCAAUCGCCGACGUUAUUCGCAACAUGACAUCGCUUCGCUUUAGCAAGUCUGUGUCUGACAUUAAAAUCGAGAGUUCUGUCUCGGAACUCGUCGCCCGCAUAUCUUCGCGUGUGUUUCUCGGUGAAGAACUCUGCCGGCAUGAGAAGUGGCUGGAGAUCACGCAGUCAUACACCGUCGCAUCUUUCAAGGCAGCCGCCAUACUCAGGACCUACCCUCGAAUCGUCCGACCUCUGGUCAACUGGCUCCACCCGAACGUUAAAGUAAUCCGCAGUACCAUCGCGGAAUCUCGCCGCAUCAUUGGUUCGCUCGUCGAAAGACGUCAGAAGCUCCGAGCGGAAGCGCGGACAACGGCUCGCCUGAGCCUAGAUUCAACGACGCGAUCGAGUGGGCAGAGUUAG